AUGUUUAUGUUAAGAAAUGUCGGCAAAUUGAUCUUCGGUGAUACAUCCAAAGAAACUUUGAUCGAGCUAUCCCAAGGCCAACUUUAUCUCGUUCGACCGCUAUCCCCCAAGGGAUACUCCGAACUUAUCUUCCGCGACGCAGCUGCGAGGAUUAGAAGGACGGGCCAAGAUUUCCAAUAUCAACUUGUGGUUCAAAGAGCCUACGAAGAAGGCGAAGAGGAAUUACUUGACGACGAGGCUGCGGACGACGAAGGCGGCACAGCAGCUUUAACAGGCGAACGCGACGAGAAAACAUUCCUACUAGACGAAAGUUUACAUUUCCGAUCGGAGAUUCGCGAAGGCGGGGAAAAGGUUCUUGCUUGGAGAGAUCUGAGCGGUGACACUGGUGAUUUAUACGAAUUCGUUUGCGACAAUUCGGUAGAGAAUAGUCAGGUUCAAUCAUUUGAACUUACCUCUGUUCAUUGCCAAUUUGAAAGAAAAUUCAGGAGAAGUCAUUUGACAGCUACCGUGGAGGAGUUGAGUCAGUUUGCAUUCGAGGAGGAAGAACCGAUCCCGCAUGCUAGUCCGCCUGUCAGUCCUACAACGCUGAGUCCUGUGAAGUCUUUCCCAGCUAUCGAUCAAGCGGUUACUAGAAGUACGGCGAAUUCUCCACUUAAGGGAAAUAUGAGUCCUGCUACGAGAGGGUCGAGGGCGCCGCCCAGAACUCCUUCGCCGGUUUAUGAAGGUGCAACAAAGGCGCCAGCAGUUGCAGAACAUCCCGAGUCAAUUUCUGCAUUGGCAGAAGAGAUUGCGGAAUUACACUUGUUUGAUUUUGUUAGUGGAGCAUUUAUUAAGCAGGAUGCUGAGGUCAAGGCAACUGUUACUGAAGUUGGAAAAUGGCAAUACUGGCUGCAACUUACUAGUAAAGACAGAGACUGGUUAGGUCAAGCUAUUAUUGCGGAUAUCAAUCCAGUCUUCAACUUCGAAUACCUCUCAUUAAUUUUCAACGCUUACACAUCUGAUCAACAAGCAUAUUCAUGGCUUCUUCGCUUCAAGGAUCAAGAGACGAUUACAAGAUUCCAGGAAGGUUUGAUGCAAGCUUUGUGGGAACAAUUGAACGAGAUCAAGUGGAACAAGAGUAAGGAGGACGAGAGGAAUUAUGUUCUUGAGGCAUUUCAGGAUCUUACCAUGGAGGACGCACCGGAUUUUGUUGAAGGUGGGGAGGAAGAGGAAGAGGAGGAAGAAGUGGAGGAUGAAGACGAUGGCCAAAAAAGCGAACAUUACGACUCUGAUGAGGAAGAUGAUGAUGUGGUUACCAGGGACGACGAUGGAAAUGUCAACUCACAACUUGCGGUUGGAUACAAGCACGAUCGAUCAUUUGUUGUUCGAGGAUCCAAAAUUGGUGUCUUCAAACAUACACUAAACAACAAUCUGGAGUUCUCAACCAACAUUUCGAAAGUUCAAGCACCGAAUGGCAAACUUUUCAGCCCAACGAAAGUUAUGCUUCACGCUGAGGAUACGAACAUGAUUCUUCAAGAUGAGCGUAACCCAAAUUCGCUUUAUAAGAUGGAUUUGGAGUACGGAAAGAUUGUCGACGAAUGGAAAGUUCACGAUGAUAUCCCUGUCAACAAUUUCGCACCCGAAAGCAAAUUCUCUCAAAUGACAGGAGAACAAACUUUCCUUGGUCUGUCUCGAAAUGCUCUUUACCGUAUCGAUCCUCGUCUCGCAGGCAACAAACUCGUCGAUUCUGAACUUAAACAAUAUGUAUCCAAGAACGAUUUCUCGGCUGCCGCGACAACCGAGAAGGGCUACAUCGCAGUCGCUAGUAACAAGGGUGACAUCCGUAUGUUUGAUCGUCUUGGUAUCAAUGCCAAAACCCACAUCCCAGCUCUUGGUGAACCUAUCAUUGGUCUCGACGUUAGUGCUGAUGGUCGUUGGGUUCUGGCUACUUGCCGCACUUAUCUUCUUCUCAUCGAUGCUCUCCAAAAAGAUGGAAAAAAUGAAGGCAAACUCGGGUUUGAGAAAUCAUUCGGCAAAGACUCAAAACCUCAACCCCGUCGUCUUGGUCUCACUCCAGCCCAUGUCGCCCAAUUUCAACAUGAGACUGGCGCUGCUCUCUCGUUCACAUCGGCUCGAUUCAAUACCGGUGAAGGUCUUUCCGAAACAUCUAUCAUUACAGCUACAGGUCCUUUCAUUGUAACAUGGAAUAUGAAGAAGAUCUUGAGAGGUAGCAAGGAUCCUUAUAGUAUCAAACGCUACGCUGAAGAAGUCAAGGCAGACAAUUUUAAGUAUGGCAGUGACAAGAAUGUUAUUGUGGCAUUACCAAACGAAGUCAAUAUGGUUGCAAAACAAAGCUUCAAGAAGCCAACCAGAGAAAGUAUUGCGACACCAAUUAAAGUUGGAUGGAGCAAUGGCAGAAGAGAAAGUGCGAGGAUUGGGGGUAGGGAUAGUAGCAGAUAUAAGUUGGGCAGGGAGGAUGUGGUUAAUAGUCCUUAUUAA